AUGGGGAACACCAACGACAUGAUAAACAUCACAACCCUCUCGACAGCUGUGAUCCUGAUCUACAUUGUGUACAUGAGAUUCCUGCACCCAUUAAGCAAAUACCCCGGACCCCUCCUCGCAACUCUAACCAAUGGCUACAAGGCAUACUAUGUCUACAACUUGCGAUUACACGAGAAACUCCUCGAACUCCACAUGCAAUAUGGUCCCGUUGUGCGCGUCGGACCCAAUCACCUCCACCUCUGGGAAGGAGAAGCAAUUGCACCAAUCUACAAGGGUGGAAGAAAGAUGGGGAAAUCGGAUUUCUACAACGCAUUUACGGCCUUUAAUCCGAAUCUUUUCGGUGGUACGAACGAGGAUAUUCACUCUCUCCGACGCAGACAAUUAUCCCAUGGAUUCUCGCAAGCAUCAGUCCAGAAAUUGGAACCUCUUAUCGAAGGUCAGAUGAAAGUUUUAAUUGAUAAACUGCGAGCAUUUGAAAAGACAGGCGAAGUCUUCGAUUUCAAAAGUGUCCUCUCCUUAUACGUCCUCGACAUCCUCGGUGAAGUGGCUUUCAGUAAGCCAUUUGGUGUACAAGCUAAGGGAAAAUCAGAUGAGCUCCAUGCCAUUAAUGAUCACCUCUUGUUAGCCGGUGUUAUUGGUGAACUACCCUUCCAAGACCUAUGGAAAACACUCGCGAGAAUGUCGCCUGUACCAUGGAUGAGACAGCUUGUCAAGAGCAGGAAUAAUCUGAAGGAUAUAUGCUCUCGCUGUGUGAAUUUUAAGAUCAACAAUCCAUCUGAACGACCAGAUCUAUUGAAGAGUCUUGUUGAGGCUGUUGAUCCGGAAAGUGGUUCCAGGUUGACGGAGCAAGAGAUUAAUUCUGAGGCUUUUGCUGUCCUUGUGGCUGGAUCCCAUUCCACAUCAGGCACAUUGACACUCCUCCUUUGGCAUCUAACGCACAACCCCGAUAUACUCGUGACUGUAACGCAAGAACUUCAUGAAAAGCUGCCGCCUUUACAUAAUGACCAAAUCUCAUACCCUAUUGAAGGCCUGGAGGCGUCUCUAAGCUACACAAUGGCCUGCGUCAGAGAGAACUUCCGCAUUAACCCGGUAUUCAACAUGCCUCUAUGGCGUCGAGUGGGUUACCCCGGCGGCAUCGAAAUCGCAGGUCACCAUAUCCCUGAGGGAACAAGUGUCUGUAUAUCCAACCAUGUCCUACACCACAAUCCCGACAUAUGGGGUGCGGAUCAUGAAGAGUAUAUUCCUGAUCGCUGGCUCGAUGAGAAGUAUAACAAAGAGAAAGGCAAGUUCCUGAUUCCUUUCAGUAUUGGGCACCGGAUGUGUAUUGGGAGGAAUCUGGCUAUGACGAACGUUCUCAAAACUAUUACUACUUUGCUUAUGAGGUUUGACUUUGAGCCUGUCGGUAAGGAGAGGAGGGUUAAUGUACUUAGCUCUGGGAUUGGGGAGAUGGAGGGUGAAUUCUUAUGUCGAGUUUCCUUGAAGUAG